UGCCCCCUUUCUCCAGGGUUCUCUGGACUACGCCGGACCCAACCCGGGCGAGACUGGAUACGGCGGAUAUUUACGUCUCGGACCCCAGGGGCAGAGGAAGGGAGCAAACCUCGCUGGACUAGCCGAACAGCGCAUCAUCAUCCCCGGUGUAGGACUGGCUGUCGAGUCGCAUGGAGAAGAGGUAUGAAGAGCUGGUGCACUACUCAGGGUCGGAGGGCAUGUCGGUGGGGGGGUACGGGGAUGAUGUCAGGCCGCUUCCUCCCCCACAGUACGGACCCACCAUCCCCGACUCCCUCAAACACCACAAAGACCAGAUCUAUGGUCACCCACUGUUUCCACUGCUGGCCCUAGUGUUUGAGAAGUGCGAGCUGGCCACCUGCUCCCCCCGAGAGUCUGCCUCCAUCUCAGCCACCUCCCACCUCCCCGGCAUGGCCAAUCACAGCGACGUCUGCUCCUCCGAAUCCUUCAACGAUGACAUCGCUGCGUUUGCCAAGCAGAUUCGUUCAGAGAAACCCAUAUUUUCGUCCAAUCCUGAGCUGGACAACUUGAUGAUCCAGGCCAUACAGGUUCUUCGCUUUCAUUUACUGGAGUUAGAGAAGGUGCAUGACCUGUGUGAUAACUUCUGCCUUCGCUACAUCACCUGUCUGAAGGGCAAAAUGCCCACAGACCUCGUCCUGGAUGAGCGGGAGGGCGGCUCCAAGUCCGACAUGGAGGACUUCGCUGGAUCCUGCACCAGUCUGUCGGAGCAGAAUGCAUCGUGGCUUCGGGAGCCAGAUGAAUGUGCCUCUACUCCUCUGGGAACACCAGGCACCUGUGGCCUGCUUUCACUCAGCACAGCAGACAACUGUAGCGACACAGGCGAUGGUCUCGAUGGAGGAGUGGCCUCCCCCAGUACAGGAGAGGAGGAUGAGUCUGACAGAGACAGGAGGAACAACAAGAAGAGAGGGAUCUUCCCCAAAGUGGCCACAAACAUCAUGAGAGCGUGGCUUUUCCAGCACCUGUCGCACCCAUACCCAUCUGAGGAGCAGAAGAAGCAGCUGUCGCAGGACACGGGACUGACCAUCUUACAGGUCAACAACUGGUUCAUCAACGCCAGGAGGAGAAUAGUUCAGCCGAUGAUUGACCAGUCAAAUCGCUCAGGUCAGGGUGGCCCCUACAGCCCAGAGGGAGCAGCUCUUGGGGGCUACGGGCUUGACGGACAGGCCCACCUCGGUCUUCGAACAGCAGGUCUCCAGGGGAUGUCUUCUCUGCAGGGCGACUACCCCAGCGCUCUCCUGUCCCAGCCAGGCUACCCUCCCCACCCGGGACCUUCCCUCCACCCGUACCCAGGCCCUCACCCCCACCCCGCCAUGCUGCUCCAUCCACCACCACACACACAUCCCGCAGAGCCCCUCCUCGCCCAGGGACUGGACAUACACGCACACUAG